AUGCUUCAGGGCGUCAGGCAACUUGCGGCAUCACAUGGAGCUUUUGCUGCAAUCCUGGACAGCGGAGGAGUGGUGACCUGGGGAGAUCCCGACAUGGGUGGAGACAGCAGCCAUGUGCAAGAUCAACUUGCAGAGGUAGCGGAAAUUGUUGCCACCUUUGGGGCCUUCGCUGCCCUGCGUGGAGAUGGCCGUGUGGUGACUUGGGGGGACCCGUUCUACAGCGGUGACAGCAGCAUGGUUCAAGAGAAGCUGGUGGACGUUUGCCACGUGAAAGCUUCUGGCCGCGCUUUCGCUGCUAUCCUGGGAGAUGGAAGUGUCGUCACCUGGGAUGGGAAAAGAUUGCGAGAUCGUGGAGGAGACAGCUCUGACGUGCAGGACCUGUUGAAGGAAGUGAAGUUCAUUGCAGCCACAGACCAAGCUUUCGCUGCCCUUCGUUUGGAUGCCCGUGUGGUUACCUGGGGCCACAAGCGCUACGGUGCAGAAGGCCGCCUUUUUGAGAAUCGUCUUCGAGACGUUCAGCACAUAGUCGGAUCCGACCGGGCUUUUGCGGCGCUGCUGAACAACGGCCGCGUGCUCACCUGGGGGGAUCCAAACGGUGGUGGUGACAGCCGCUUUGUGCGUGACGAGCUGCAGGAUGUGAUGCAAAUUGCUGCUAGUAGUGCCGCCUUUGCAGCUCUGCGUGGUGACGGCUCGGUGGUCACUUGGGGCGAUUCACAAUCAGGCGGAGACAGCCGUGCAGUGCAGGCGCAGUUGAAGCAGGUCCAGCAUGUCACAGGUUCGUUUCAGGCCUUUGCAGCAAUGCUGGUGGAUGGGCGUGUCGUGACAUGGGGGAGUCCCAAUUCUGGCGGAAACUGCAGAGAGAUUGAAGAACAGCUUGCGCUCAGCAAAAAAGAUGGUACGAUGAAGGUCAUUUGGGGUGUAGCGGGAAUGGGAUGA